CUGCAUCGUAAUUGAUAUGCUUGGAAUUUGGAAUUCCUGUCGACAAUUGAUUUGCUGUACGACGAUCCAUAACGCCCAAAAAUUAAAUCCCUCAACCUCUUUCCUCACAUACGAAUAUUCACAUCAUUGCCCAAUAUUUGAUCAAUAUUCAUUUUGUCAAAAUGUCAACAGAAGUGGCCCCUCCCGCUCCUGCAGCUGAGUCGACCGUCCUUCCCCAAGGAAUGCGCAAGAAUGGCAAACAAUGGCAUCCCGUGAAGAAAGCUUUCCGACCAAAGGCUGGAAAUACCUCAUAUGAAAAGAGAAAGGCAAAUGACGAGGCUAUAGCAGCCACCAAGGCUAAAGAAAAGGAGAUGAAGGAGGAGAAAGAAGCUGCAAGACAGGCCCAUAUUACAAAAAUCAAGGAAAAGCGCGCCAACAAGGAGGAAAGAGAACGAUACGAGAAAAUGGCCGAAAAGAUGCACCAGAAGCGUGUUGACAGAUUAAAGAGAAGAGAGAAGAGAAACAAGAUGUUGAAGUCAUGAUAGACAAUCUUCUGGGACGGAGCAUGGCGCAUGGAACAACUUGGAACACAUUGAAAGCAAUCGAUAGAUAUGGGUGAUGUGGUUGAUUUGCGCAAGUCACAUAUAGCACGUCGAGCGAUAUUCAGCUAUUGAUGGCACGAUAUAUGCCUACUAAAAGUCGGACACAGCAGCACCAAUGAGGACUGUCUCCUAUCAUCGAGGAUGAAGUCAACCCGGACUGAGCGAAGUUUCUUGGAAGUUGAAGGACGUUAUGAUAUUGCCGAUACAGAAACUUCGACAGCGAUUCAACAAGAUUCGAUCAGGAGUAAGGACCUUGAGUAUAUUAGCUAUUUCAAAAUACACGAUAAAUAAUAUCAGAAAUAACCAAAGGAUUCAAUCUUCCAUUAUCUUCUAAA